UCUCCUCUGCCUCUUCCUAAGGACUCACCUCCUCCCCCCUACUACCCUGUUGGUCUACACACUCAGCCCCCCCUCAGGCCAUAUGAAGAAGUGGUGUAUGGCUCAAACCCAGGGCUGAUUCUCCCAAACCAGCCCCGUUACAUCCCCCAGUAUCCCCCACCCGUUGUUCUGCCCCCAGUCACUGAACCCAGUCCAUUGCCUAAGAAGAAAAAGAGCUGCUGUGGAAACAAGGCACAGUUCCUCAAGGCGGCAGCGGCGGCUCUGCUGGUGCUUGCUCUGCUGGGAGUCGCUAUAUGGCUUGGAGUUUAUUAUGGCACCAAGGCAUUAGCGGACGCAGAGUAUGGUGAUGACGACAACAGCAAAGAAAAUCUUGACGAAGAGGAUGUUUUGCUUCAGCAUGACACCUGCUCCAACGACACUGUCCAGUGUGACGCAACCAAGGACUGCCUGCUGGGCUCUGAUGAAACAAACUGUGUGCGAUUCGGAGAGAGCAACAGCCUGGAGGUGAGAACAGCCCAAGAUGGACGAUUCCUACCAGUGUGUUACAGUGGCUGGAACAAGGAAUAUGCUGACCGUGUCUGCUCGCAGCUCGGAUUAAGACAGUCCUAUUUAAGUGAAGAAAUUGACUCCAAUCCAUCCAUGGCUUUAAAACUGACCGGCAAUUCAGCUUCUCUUGUUCAGGGUCUCUUAAGUACCAGUUCUUCCUGUCCAAACGACAAGACCGUCUCCCUGCAGUGUGUGGACUGUGGUAAACAGCCAGCUACAUCCCGGAUCAUUGGGGGCACUGUGGCUAAAUCGGGUCAGUGGCCAUGGCAGGUGUCGCUUCAGUUCAAAGGAUCCCACGUCUGUGGCGGUGUCCUGAUCUCACCGGAUUUUGUGCUGACCGCUGCUCAUUGUUUCCCCCAGGAGUACCUCUCUGCUGAAAACUGGAGAGUGUAUGCUGGAAUCGUGUCUCUGGAUAAACUAACUCAGCCCUACUUGGUUCAGACGAUCGUACUCAACGAGAACUACAACAGCAGGACCAGUGACCAAGACGUUGCUCUUCUGAAGCUUAAGUCUCAAGCUACUUUUAAUGAUGAUGUUCAGCCAGCCUGCCUUCCGCUCAUUGGCCAGGACUUUCCACAGGGAACCAGUUGCUGGACGUCUGGUUUUGGCAGUACUCAGGAAGGAUCAGGAACCGUCUCAAAGGACCUAAUGGAAGUGAGUGUGGACAUCAUUAGCACACAGGUGUGCAACACUGCAUCAGUUUACAGCGGUGCAGUGACCAGUAACAUGAUUUGUGCUGGAAAAUUGGAAGGAGGCAAAGAUUCCUGUCAGGGUGACAGUGGAGGACCUUUGGUGUGCAAAGGAGCCAGCCGUUGGUACCUGGUGGGGCUCACCAGCUGGGGAUCGGGUUGUGGCGGUGCAAACAAGCCUGGUGUCUACACCAGAGUGAGCAGUGUUCUCCCUUGGGUCUACAGCAAAAUGCAGCAAGUGAAGCCUUAAUAUCUCCUACACGCCCAGCCUAGUUAAUGAAGUCUGCACUGCAAACUCGUGUUUGACGAAGAAAUUGCAACACACACAAGAACAUAGGGAUGAGAGGACACUACAGGCCAACUGAAAGGGUUACAUGUUGGCUUUUGGGGGAUUCAGAAAGAUAAUAAAUACUAAAUAAGUUGAUUCAGUAUCAGGCUAGCAUUUUUGAUUUUGGGUGUUUCACUCUUACAUUAGCUGGGCUUCAAAAAUAGCUCACCUUUCUAUAUUUAAUUUCUGCCAAUGACGGUCCUUAUUAUCGUGAUCCCACUGAUCAAAGUUUCACUUUAAAAAUGAAGGAUAUAAAUAUAUAUAUGUAGAGAGAGAGCUUGUCAAUAGGUAUAUUCUUCUCAGGGCAAUGUCUGGUUAUUGUUGUCUGUCUGUUUACAGUUUAGAAAUGUAUAUUUUACUUUGUACUGAAAUCAAAGAGAUUUUAUACAUGUAUUUGGAAUUUUGUGAAUAUAAACUAAUUUUUGUGGA